AUGAAUAAUGUGAUUCAUCAUCCUGUAACAAUAUGCACGAACUACACCCUCCCAGUUCUGGAAUUUGAAAUGACUCUCAUCUACGUCGUCACCCAACUCACCCAUUUGUUUCUCAAUAUGUUUGGCCUCCCAGUGCUUGCCGCUCAACUUGUGACUGGAAUACUCCUUGGUGAUGCAGGACUUGACAGAGUGAUCCAACAUUUUCGUCCUGAACAAGAGAAUCCCAUAUUUCCUUUUACUAAUCAAGAAGUACUCAACGUAAUAUCACUGUUUGGAUUCACACUCUUCAGCUUCUUGAUCGGAGUCAAAAUAGACUUGGGAUUAGUAUCGAAAACCGGAAAAAAGGCUAUCUACAACGGCGUUUUAGCCUUGGUGGUGCCUCUAAUAGCCGGCUUCUUAACGCUGCUCUUCCUCUCCUGGGAAUGGUCCUUAGACGCGGACGAAGUCGUGCAGCUUAUUUUCGUAACAGCAAUUCAUAUUCAGGCUCCGUCUACCGUCAUUGCUUGCCUCCUCACCGAGCUCAAGAUCCUAAACACCGAACUUGGCCGGCUCGCAUUAUCUUCUGCACUCGUCUGUGACUUCUUUAGCAUUGCCCUAACUACUGUUGCGACGUUGGUGAAAGUCUUGCAGAACGAUGCAUUGAGGGGCAUGAUGGACAUUGGGGUGAUGAUAAUCUAUACUUUAUCUGUUUUCUGUGUUUUCCGUCCAAUAAUGUUUUGGAUUGUGAAAAGAACCCCUGAAGGCAGCCCUGUUAAGGAUUCAUACAUUUUCUUCAUCCUGCUGGCAUUUUUGGGAUCUGGAUUGUUUUCCCACUGGUGUGAGCUCCCGAUCAUGAUCGGCCCUUUGAUCUUAGGGUUCGCUGUGCCAGAUGGGCCCCCACUAGGAGCUACUUUGGUCACAAAGCUUGACUUUAUGGUCAAUAGGGUUUUCAUGCCAGUUUUUGUGACCACGUCCUUGAUGAGGGUUACAGUAUCCUUAGAAAUGCCUCCGGCUCAUAGAAGGGUGGUAUUAAGCACCGCCAUUGUUACUUUUGUGAUUUUCUUGAGCAAAUUUGCAGCCUCUAUGGUGACUCCUUUGUGUUGCAAGAUGCCUCUGAGGCAUGCAGUGGCACUGGCUCUCAUAAUGACCAGCAAAGGCGUUGUUGAGAUAGCUGCAUACACCAUCGCUAAAGACACUUGGGUUAUAGUUUCUGGGGUCUUUAACCAUAUGAUGUUCACAGUUUUAUUGAGUGCAAUUGUCGUGCCACCUCUUGUGAAGUACUUGUACGAUCCUAAGAAAAAAUAUGAAGGCUACUACAGAAAAACCCUUCUCAAUUCCAAACCCAAUUCGGAGCUCCGAAUUCUCGCAUGCAUCAACAGAGCUGAUAACACCCCGGCCAUAAUCAACCUUAUCGAUGCCUCGUGCCCGACUCGAGAAAGCCCCAUCGGCCUCUACGUUCUUCACCUCAUCGAGCUAGUUGCUCGAACCACCUCCGUCUUAAUCUCGCACAACUUACAAACGAGAGCCCUUUCUAAUUAUUCCUACUCCGAUAACAUCAUCCGUUCGUUCGUUCAGUUUAAAAAAGAGAAUGAAGGAGCAGUCUUCGUCCAUGUAUUUACGGCUAUAUCUCCACCCCUAUACAUGUACGACGACGUAUGCACCCUCGCUCUGGACAAAAACAUAUCGCUCAUAAUCCUGCCGUUCCAUCGAAAGUGGUCGGUUACUAACGGGUCUAUAGAGUUGGAAAACCAAGCCGCAAGGACGCUCAAUUGUCGGGUGCUCGAAACUGCGCCGUGUUCAGUUGGCAUUCUUGUGAACCGGGGUCACGUAAAAUGCACCAACUCCUCAGUAUCACCUACAGAAACGUAUCGAGUUGCAUUGGUUUUCAUCGGAGGGAGUGACGACUGGGAGGCGCUUAUGUUCGCAAAACGCAUGGUUAGGGACGCGUGCAUUAGCCUGACGGUGAUUCGGCUGGUGGACGCGUCCGAGGACAAAGAAAGUUUCACCAACUGGGAGGUGGUGCAGGACAAUGAGAUGUUGAAGGAAGUAAGGCAUAAUGGUGUAGGGUACGUGAGUUAUGUAGAAGAACACGUGGACGACGGAACUCAAACGACAAGGAAAAUACGGUCGUUGAUGGACGAGGAUGAAUACGACCUGUACAUAGUAGGGAGGAGAUACAACGUGAGAAGCCCUCAGACUUUGGGUCUUGAGCAAUGGAGUGAGUACCCGGAACUUGGGGUUAUCGGCGACAUGCUUGCCUCGGCGGAUUAUUGCCGCAAAUUUAGUGUGUUGGUGAUUCAGCAUCAGCAACAAGGGACUAGCUCGUAG